AUGCCAGGUUCCUGUUUCACAGAAGACGUCGUUCUCCUUGACGGCGGUCUCGGCACUCAUUUGCGGGCCUUGGGAGCGGAGUUCAAUGGUGAUCCGCUGUGGGCAAGCAAAGCAGUUCUGGUGGCCCCGGACCUCGUGCGACGUGCACAUUAUGACUUCUACCAUGCGGGCGCCGACGUCGCCAUAACGGCUACCUACCAGGCGUCCCUCACGGGGUUUGCAAAGAUCGGUCUCUCUCCCAGCAACGCACACGAAGCUGUCGCUCUCGCGAUCAACCUCGCCGCCGAGGCCCGACAGCUGGAUGAAGACGGCGAUGCGCCGGCGUGCAGUUCCGCAGGGGACGAGCGGGAGAACGAAGGUCCUGAGGCGCGAACUCCCGAGGCUCCAAGCACUGCGGGGAAGGGCGGAUUCCAGGAAGUCCAUGCUAGGGACGCCGACCGGCCGAGACGACGGCGGAACCGCAAGAUCUUUGUGAGCAAUGGCUCCUAUGGCUCAGCUCUGGGCGGGGGCGCUGAAUAUCGGGGCAACUACGGUGUCUCAGAGGAGGUGUUCCACGACUACCAUCGCUGGAGGUUGCAAGCGGCGCUCGAACUGGAGCAUCUCGUGGACGGCGUGGUAUUUGAAACUCUGCCUGAGAGCGCAGAAGCAAAGGCGAUUGUCUCCCUCCUGCGAGAGUUCCCGUCCCUCCGCGGCAAAACUUGGAUUUCCUUCACCUGCAAGUCGCCAACGCAAUUGGCUAACGGCGAGGAUUUCCGAUCCGCCGUGGCCGAUGUCCUAAAACUGGAUGGGCGGGACUGUUAUAUCUCGGGCAUUGGCGUGAACUGCUUGCCGGUCUCGACGACGGUGCCGCUGCUGUGUUCGCCGCCUCUCCGCGACUCCCUCGCCGUGUCUCUGGAAAAAAGCCGGGAUCCGUGGAACCUCCACGUCGUGUGUUACCCUAACAACGAGGGUGCCCGGAACGCUGCGGCAACUUCAGCGAAACCCGAGUCGCCGGAAGUCUGCCAAGAGUUGGUCCACGGUGCUGCCCCACGCGAGUGCGACCUCGUGGAUCGGACGACCGCCAGCGCGCCGACAAAAAUGACUUACCUUGCUGAAUCUGCCCCCGAUGGCCAGUGCGGUCACGCGACGUUGCCGGCAAAUCCCAGUUCACGAGAUUUCAGCCUGAAGCACCCACUCGCAUCUCAGGUGUCGGCGUGGCUGAAGGGCGGAGUUUCUGCUGUCGGCGGCUGCUGCGGUACCAGUCCGGAGGACGUGAAAGAGAUCGGCGCCGUUCUCGAGAACCUGCGCGUUCGAUAG